AGGCCGUAAACAUUUCAUGUCUUCAAUUUCUACAAACUUGAUGAAAAAUUGUAAUGUGUGAAUCGAAGUUUUUUGUUAAAUGUGAAAAAUGGUUAUGAUAUAUAAAUAGAUACAUAUAUAUAUAUAUAUAUAUAAGGAUAAGAAUGACAAUAUCUUAACAUACGUUUUUUUUUAUAAAUACGAUUAAAAAGACAUCUAAAAAUUCGUAAACAUCUUUUUAGGUCUAUGUCAUGCAAAUUUUUCUUUAAAUAAAACUUGACAUCAAGAUAAGUUAAUUCAUGCAACACUAUGAUCAAAUUUUUGCACAAUAGUUUGGUGUUCGUACUCCUAUGUGACACGGUAGCCCAAGACUUCUCUCUUUCACUGACCGUUAUCACACACGUAAUUACCGUCAACCUCGAUGAAACGGCAUCUGUUCAUUUGAAUAUUUCAACAUCUGACACGGUGACAGUGACUGCGUACAAAUCCAACAAUCUUGCCAACAUCAUCAAACAGGAAUUAGUCACAAGGUCACAAACAGAAGUGACAUUUAAUAUUGGUCCAAUUGGUGAUUCAGAUAGAGGAAACUAUACAUUCAUCGCAAAACCAGAUCCCAGUAAUGCAUAUGACCAACGGGUAGAAGUUGAAAUUAAAAUAAAAGAUCCGGCCAGGGUCCUCAAAACUGACGAUGGAUAUUUGCUCGAAAGUUUUCUAACAGCUGUCAAAAAUCAAUCCACAGCAAAGCAUAAUUGCAAUAAAAGAAAUGGCUGGCUGAUAAAAGAUAACACAAUGCAAAACUACGUGGAAAACCUCGUGAGUGGAUACAUGUGGGGUGGAAAUAAAGAUUUUUUCAUUGGAUUGGAAUACGAUUCAAAGUUAGGAUGGCAUUGGGCAGAUGGUACAAUAUUGAACUAUACCAAUUGGGGUGGUUAUGAAGGUGGUAUAUCCAAUAGUCAAAACUGUGCUUGUAUCUUCUCAAACACAGGAAAAUGGGCUGACGUUAAAUGUAGUCAGGUUAUUAGAAGAUACGUCUGCCAGUCAGUACUUUUGACCAUCAAAGCUACCGAGACGGAAGUAGUUGUGAUACGUGGGAAAUCGACAUCGAUUACGCUGAAAAUAAACAGUCAAGAUGAUCCAGUGAAUAUAGAAGUUUACAAACUUCCAGACGGAACAUCUAUUGUUCACUCUGAACCAGAUGUUGAAUCUACUUAUACGUAUACAACAGAACCAAUCGAUAAUUUUCAAAACGUUACUUAUAAGUUUGUCGCGACUCCAACAACUAAGACAUACACUAUAGAAACACUAGUGGAUAUUUAUGUGCAUUUUCCGGUGAACAUAACAGAAUUGUAUCCAGUCGAAAUUUCCACUCCGGUCACGACUGGUCCGAGUUAUGUGACCUGUGAGGCAACAGGUUCGCCUCCUGCAAAGUCAAAAUGGUUCAGAGAUGAAAUGGAAGUUUCAAUAAACAAAAAUAGUACAAUAUAUCAGAGGAAGAGUGUUGGGAAAUCGUUACUCUUCAUUGAAAACGCGGUUCUUUCUGACGGCGGUUCCUACACGUGCCGUGGGGUUAAUUUUAUCGGUGAUGCGGCGCAGAAAAACGAAAUAGAACAAAGUAUCACGUUAUCAGUCUAUGGAUCACCAGAAAUUACAAAGAACAAAGUACAUGAAUGCAGUAUUGAUGGGAAAAUAACAAUUGAUUGGAAACCUAAUAACCAGACUGUCGGUAUAUUGCACAGAAUCGAAGCCGUCAGUAACAAUAACAUAUCCAGUAACUAUUCCCAGAUAACUAAGGCUAACGCACAGGAAUCCACAGAAAUACAUGGACUUACUCCGUAUACCAACUAUACUAUUCAGAUUACUGUUUGUCCAGAUGAAUGCAUUGCUAAACUACAUGCUACAUCUACGGUAGAAACAGGAGGUGGCUUGCCAGAUCCAGUUACUGACGCCAGAGUUAUUCAAGAUAAUACAAAUACAAAAUAUUGUACGGUAAUAUGGUCAUGGAGCGAUCGAACACCGAGAAGCAAUGCGAUAUUCCAGAUCACUACUGUAUCAACUCUCGUUAAACUCUCUGCAAACAUAGAGCAACAAACAUACAGUAACGAGCAAUCAUAUGCUGGUGGAACGCUGGAAAAUUUCCAAGUUCAAAUUGAAACAAAGCCGAACCGAAACUACAGCUUCUGCAUCAAAACAAAAACUUAUGCAUGUGAGUCCAGCAACACGUCGAAAGCCGAUGGACAAUGUGUUACUGAUGUGGCGGCACCAGAAACAGUACCCGCACCGAGUACAUUAUCUUCUACCGGGAAAUUGCAAACCCAACCUAUAAAAGUCACGGUACCUGAUGAGUCAAAUGGUCCUAUAAGCUGUAUCUUCGUGCUCGUGAAAUCCGGAAAUAAAUUGACGAACAACGCAAUCACAAUGGACCAUAUUAACAAAGCUUCUGAGGCUGCAAGAAAUCAAUCCCAGGGCAAUGAAGAUUAUCUGGCUAUUGCAAUACAAAGAUCUAAAAUCUUCGGUUCUUUAAUACAUGUAUCCCUCGGCGAUGACACAUCUAGUACAUGCGAUAUCUCAUCGUCUUCUGCUUUUAGUAGAAGAAAACGUGCAGUAACACAAACAAUAUCAGGAAGAAAUUUAAAACUAGAGAUUGGUAUAACUUACAGUUACUAUGCAGUAUCUUCAACCCCAUCUUCUGCGUCUGGGAAAAUAUUUCUUCAACGAAGUAUUUCAACUUCAUUUUAUCAUGAAUAUAAUAAAGAUCCUAGUUUGUGGUGGAUUGCUGGUCUUAUCGGUGGUUUGGGUGCUUUGGUAGCUGUGGUUCUGGUGGUUAUCUACAUGAAGAAAAUGCGACGGACUAGAAAAUCGACUGAUCAAGACGACCAAACAUUACAAAUUGAAAAGACAGAUAAAGCUUCAGUCAAUUCCCACUUUCGUACUAAUUUUGUUGAGAGUGACGAAUCGAAAACCUUAAUUGCAUUGGAAGAAUUACUUUCAAAAUUUGAGCAAAAAAAUGCGAAUGGCGGAGAAAAAUUUCUAGAGGAAUUCAAGAAUCUUGAACAAGAAGCCGUAACGAUGUUUUCAAACAGAAUGGCGUUGAAAAAUGUUAUAAAGACUGAGAACAAACACAAUAAUAUUUUACCUUUGGACUUGUCCCGGGCUCCUUCAAAUAGAGAAGAAGAAACACAUGCCAAUGCCUGCUACAUUCACGGGUACAGUAAAUCUAAGAAGUUCAUUGCAAUUCAAGGGCCUUUGGCCUCGACCGUCAACAAUUUCUGGAGAUUGGUGGUCGAACAGAAAUCCAAAGUAAUUGUAAUGUUAACAAAUUGUUCAGAAGCACAAGAGAAUAAGUCUGCAAAAUAUUGGCCAGACCAUGGAAAAGAUCUAAUGUUCGGACAUAUCAAAGUAUCGUGUAACGAGGAGAAAUUCUUCGGAGGCUACAAAAAAAGAAUUUUCACUAUUUCUACUGGAAAUGUGCCUGCCUAUCAAAUUGAACAAUAUCAUUUCCUGAAUUGGCCUGAUCACGGAGGUCCUGUUACAACUUCUAACUAUUAUCGAUUCUAUGAAGCUUGUAUGGAAAGUCAUGGAAACGAACAUUACCCCAUUAUUGUGCAUUGCAGUACUGGAGCAGGUCAAACAGCAGUGUUCAUUGGUUAUGAUUGCUUAAUUGAAGAAGCUGGUUCUGCAAAUCGUGUUGAUAUCUAUCAUUGUGUUCUUAAGAUGAGACAACAAAGAGUGGACAUGGUUCAAACAAGUGAUCAAUACAAACUUCUUCAUAAGUUUUUGGUCGAGUAUCAUUUGUUUGACAAAUCAGAUACAGAUGGCAUUGGACUCGAGGAAAAGAUUCAGGAAGACAAAGUGUCAGCGCAAACUUCCAGGAUAAAGAAAGAGUUCGAAAACCUUGAUGUAACUGCUAGUAUCAGCAAGAUCGACGCAAAGCAUGCUGAAAACUCGAAAAUCACUUUAAUGUGGCAACAGGGAGAUGGAAACGUUAUACCCAGAAUAACCGCUAAUCAUCUCAAGACAUACGACGAAUCUAUUCGCAUGAUUGCUUGUGAAGGGCCAACGUUGUCAAAUGUGGAAUAUUUCUGGAGAGCUGGAUUGAUAGUGACGUCACCACGAUUGUGAUGCUAAAUGAACUCGUAAAUGAAAAUGGGCACAACAUACAGUACUGGCCAUCAGAAGAGGGAUCAUUGAGAAUAUUUGGACAAAUAACUGUUCAGUUGAAGAACUCGUACGCAACGGGGGAAUAUGUGCAAAGACAUUUUAUUAUUGCGCGUGGUGAUGAACAAAAAGAAGUAACGCAAUAUCAAAUCUCGGGAUGGACAUCCAACAAAUGUCCUGAUGACACUAUUACCGUCCUCGACAUAAUUCAGGAAAUUCAGACGAAUUCUAGGAAUCGAAAUAAUUCGACGGUAAUAGUGACUGCAG